AUGCAUAUAUUACCAUUACCGCCUUCUAGUGAACUAAGCUUAAACUUAAACCUAAAAUUGGCACAACUAAUCAAGAAACCAUACCCUGAAAAUGAAGAUGAAGAAACUCCAGCUGUUUCCACAACGAUAUCAUCAUCUUCUGGAUCUUCAUCCUCUUGUCGAAAUAUGACAAUGACAGUAUCAUCAACUUCUUCUCAUGCAUCCACCCCUGAUUUGUUUAAUAUAGAUGCAAACCCCGUGGAAGCAUCAAUGAUUACUGAGACGAUUUCAGCUAUACAGACUGAUCCAAUAGUUCCCGUCGCUUCUAAUGAUGACCAAAAUGUAAGACUUCGAAAGACGAGUACUGUUAUAGAAAGAAGACCAACUUUAAAAAUGGUAAGGAAAACAACAACACAGGACUCUAUAAGAACCAUACGAACAAAUAUUCCAUUCAAAGCCUCGAGACAUUCCCAAAUCGUACCCAUAGAUGAAGAUAUUGUCACAUCAGAUGAAAUUCUACCUCGUAUGGUCAAUUGCAGACAUAAGGGGAGUAAUAAAUUCAUAGUUCUGCCCAAUGCUGUUGAAGAUAAUAAUACGGAUGGUACAAAGACGAGGAUCAUUGAUUCAAGUAAUAAUAUAGGGAACCCCAAGAUUGGUAGAACGAUAUCUAGAGGUCAUGAAAAUUUUCAAAUUGUUUAUAAUAUGCUUACUGGGAUCCAAUCUGCCAUUUUACAUUCUGAGAAUGAUUUAUCUGAUUUAACACCACAAGAUUUCAAAACAAAUAAAAAAUUUGUUUUCCAAUCGUCAGAAUCAGACACAACACCAAAAUAUUCGUUUAAAUUCAAAGAUUAUUCACCAAAAGUUUUCAAAAAAUUAAGAUCUAGUUUCAAAUUGAACGAUAAAGAUUAUUUACAAUCAUUGACCUCCAAAUACGUCCUAAAUGAAAUAAAUUCACCGGGGAAAAGCGGUUCAUUUUUUUAUUAUUCCAGAGAUUACAAAUAUAUCAUUAAGACAAUUCAUCAUUCAGAACAUCUUCAUUUAAGGAAAACUUUAAGGGAAUAUUUCCAACAUAUCGUUUCCAACCCGAACACUUUAAUUUGUCAAUUUUAUGGACUAUACAGGAUCAAAUUCCAUAAGGAUGAUCAAACAUUUAAUUUGGGUAAUAAUAAACAAAUUUAUUUCUUGGUAAUGAAUAAUUUAUUCCCACCAAAUUUACAAAUGAAUAUUACUUUCGAUUUAAAGGGAUCCACUUGGGGUCGUUUAACGUCCCAAUCCAUGUCUCCCAAACCAACUAAUUCAACACCAACGACAUCGCUUGUCAUGAAGGAUUUAAACUGGUUGAAUGAAAAUGAAAAGAUUAAUUUUGGUUCCAGAGAAAAUGAAGUUUUUUUAAAGCAGUUGAAAAAAGAUGUAGAUUUAUUGAAAAGACUAAACACGAUGGAUUAUUCGUUACUUGUUGGUAUUCAUUACCUAGAUGAUAGUGAAUCAAUCCAAGAUAAUAACACUACUAAUAAUGCUGAUGAGCGCUUAACGUUAGGGUUGAGUACGUCAUUGAUAUCCGGAAGAGAAAAACCCAAGAAACGGUUCGUUAUAUGUUAUGUGGGGAUUAUUGAUUGUUUAACAGACUAUUCCAUGGUAAAGAAAUUGGAAACAAUUUGGAGAUGUAUGAAUCAUGAUUUCCAUUCGAUAAGUGCUGUACCACCAAAAUAUUAUGGUAAGAGGUUUUACAAAUUUAUUGAGAAGUCAAUUGUGGAGAAUUAA